CUGGUCUUCACCAAGGGGAGGACCCGAAGGAAGGAUGCCCCCGAGAUUUCGGGGUUCUUAGCCGCUCCCCGCCCUCUAGCAGGAGGCUCUAGGACCCGGGCAGGGUAGAGUAGGGUAGGGCCGGGCCGGGCAGGGCAGGCGGGGCGGUCUUGGAGGCCCGGGGCUGCUGGAGGGGCGUGGGUCUGGGAGGACAAGAGCGGACUCGUUUUCUGUGUAGCUUCCUCCUUCUCCACCUCCUCCCAUCAGUCUCUCUCUCUCUUUCUUUCUCUGGCGCACACUUACUCUUACACACGCGCUCACUCCCCGCCCUCCCACUUCCCAAUUCCCCCCUCCCCCGCGCACCCCUGCCCGCGGCGGGAGGCGGGCCGGCGGGAAGCUGGGGGUGGUCAGCCUGGAGGGCAGCGCCGAAGUCCGCCGAAGGUGAAAGAGGAGGUGGCGGUGGUGGGGAGGAGGAGCCCCGGCUGCGAACCGACUGACUGACGGACUGACAGCCGGCUUCGGGAGCAGACCGGCCACGCAGGUGCUUCUUAAACCCAAGACAUUAGCAUGAAGGGCUGUUGGCAGGUAUCCCCUGAAUCCCUGCUGGUGACAUUUGAUCUUUUGGUGACAUAUCCCAGAGGAGAAGUUCAGGAUUUGGUUGAAGGAUUCUUGAUGUGAUCUCUUAAGAGCUGAUUCAGUGGAUUAUUUUACCUUACUUUAUAAAUAAAUACACCAGCCAAUUUCUACCUGCUCAGUAUUUGUGGCAAUGAUGGCCCAGUCCAAAGCCAAUGGCUCUCACUAUGCCCUGACUGCCAUUGGGCUGGGGAUGCUGGUGCUGGGGAUCAUCAUGGCGGUGUGGAAUCUCGUCCCAGGAUUCAGUCACGCGGACAAACCAUCAACGCAUGGGAACAGCAGCAGCCCCAGUGGUGGGAUCCUCAAGAGCAAGACAUUCUCUGUGGCCUAUGUGCUGGUCGGGGCCGGGAUCAUGCUCCUGCUCCUUUCCAUCUGCCUGAGUAUCCGGGACAAGAGGAAGCAAAGGCAAGGGGAGGAGGAGAUAGCCAGAAUCCAGCAUAAUGCAGCGGUUGCAUCUCAGACCCAGGAAGAAGACAGCCAAGAGGAGGAGGAAUCCCACUCAAGAUACUAUGUCCCCAGCUACGAGGAAGUGAUGAACACCAACUACUCCGAGGUGAGAGAACUGAACCAAAACCCUGGGAUGAACAUCUCUCUCCCUUCGUACGAGUCUCUGACGGGGCUGGACGAGACAACUCCCACCACAGCCCACGCUGAUGGGGAGACCCACCUGCCAGACAGACAGAACUCCAGGCUCGCAAAACGCCUGAAGCCCCUCAAAGUGCGCAGGAUUAAGUCAGAAAAACUUCACCUGAAGGACUUCCGAAUUAACCUGCCCGAAGGGAAUCUGCCUCCUCCCACGAUAGAACCUUUGACUCCUCCACCACAGUAUGAUGAAGUCCAAGAAAAAGCAGCCACAGACACGCGGUCACCAAACUGAGCUCUCCAGGACCUGAGCUGUUUUGUCAAGAGACUCCAAAUGAGCUGGAAUGGCUUAGAGUUUUAAAACUGAUGGACCCCAUAUAUAUGUGUGUGUCAUAUUAACUUUGGUGGGAAGGCAGGGCAGAGGUCAAGAAAGGGGAUCAGGAGUAUUAAUGCAGACUGAUGUUUCACAUAAACUUACAUAGAGAGAUUAGGGGGAAAGACCUCUUAGACAACCGUUCCUCUCAAUUUAAGAAUGCCUAUUGUCUAUCUUGAUAGUACCCUUCUCAUUCCUGAGUUUUUAGCAAGAAUCACUCCUCUUUCCAUUUAGGAAAGGAAAAGUCGUAUUGUUUUUGUCUUUGAGUGUCUGUGUGUGUGUUUUCCUUCUCCUGGUAAAAAAAAAAAAAAGUGAGGUUUUUUUGUUUGCUUCAUGGAGAAAAAGAAAAUGUCUCUGCCUUUACAAGAAUUUGGAAGAUUAGCAGGACCACGCAACAGAUCGUUUUGUCACCCAACAGCAACACUAAAUGGUUCAGAGGCCUGGAACCAGGGGUAGGCUUUGGAAAGCCAAUGAAACUUUCAAUUCUUUGCGGGCCAGAAGUUUGCCAGGCUUCCCCCAGUGGAUGGGUGCUGCUCUCCUCUCUCUUGUAUCAUUGAGGAAAUAUUAUUACCAAAAUGUCUGAUGUUUUUAAAAAGUUUUGUUUAAAAUUGUGCAACUGAGUCGUUUUUUAAAUAAAAAUUGUUUUGUAUGCAGUACAUCUGUGUCCUAAACUAUUCAGCCAAGUGAGCUUUAUAGACUUUGUAGUACAGAAAAAGUACAUUGGUUUGGAUGCAGAGGCCCUUGCUCUGCUACUUACUACCACAUCAUAUAAUAUCUCUGGGUCUAGUUUUCCUCACCUAAAAAU